AUGACAUCAAUGGAAGAUUUUCCAGUUGCUUGCAGCGGUGAUGCGAAGGAAAGCUCGGAAUUUGAUUAUGACCAAUGUGUCGCCACGAUGGAGGGAAAGAGUGUCCCGGAAAAUCUAGAAUCCUUCUGGCAUCGUCGCGCGAUAAUUCGCGGACUUCGCACUUCUCUCGAAUUCGCAAUGAGCACAGCAGUCAUGAAGCUGUGCUCUGGCGACGACAUCAGGACUCCUGAGUUCUCCCGAGCCCGCAAUGCACGACUGAUCAUGAGUAACAUGAUACCCGAUCUUGAAAACCCCGCGUUCCAACCAUACUGUAUCUGGUAUCCGGACUUUGCAGACGAAGGCACUUAUCGUGAAGUUGCUCGCCGAUAUCCGUCGAUGCGCUAUCAAGUAGGCCGAGCGUGUGCCGCUGCGGGGUAUACAGACCUCUACAAAAAGCUCGACCUCCUCCCUGACACUUCUAUCGCCGAAGAGGCCCGAGAAAGCAAGGAGGGGGUAGAGAUAUAUCAAGUAAUCAUGUCGGAGCCCCAAAGAUAUGCUGUUAUGAACGACUUUACUCGAUCUAUUGAUCUAGAGACCCCACAAACACCUGCAUUCCUAAAUGGUGAUACGAAACCUCGAUGGAAGUUAGACCAACGCGUCCCGCCUCCUGAGAAUCUUCCGGAGACGACAGUAGAUGAUAUUGAUAUCGAAGAGGACGGAUUCAUCGGUAUCGAAAAGAUGGAACUGGAUGAUUCUCAUUUCGAACUUGGUCCAGAAGAGGCUAAACUACUGUGGAUGCCUCUUCCACCUGAUCUCCCGAUUCUUGAAAAGGAUGUUCUGACACAAAUGGCUGCAUACGAUGGAAAUGUGGAUCGAUAUGUUCGACUCAUGCAUCCUCGGAGACUCAGAACCGACUACGAGCUUUAUUCUAUCCUUCGCGGAAUUCAUCACAAUACAAUGUUUGCCAGAUGGUGGGCCGAUCAGAUUGAAACCAACCCCGGGAGAAUUAUUUUACCAGGUGUCCCUUUAGCUUAUGACAACAGACGCGAAUGUGACAUGAUUCGUACUGCUAUCAACGCCCGUCGAGUCAUGACCAACGACAUCGCUGGCUUUAGCAAUGACUCAAAAUGCCUCCCCUGGAUGAUAUGGUGGCCCUUGAAACCUCACCAAAACACUCUACGAUCUUUGGCCUCAAAGUGUUCAUACAUGCUGCCGCAGAUCGCCAUCACCUGUGUCUUGUGUGACUACCAAUCGCUCUAUAAACGCAUCAACCCUACUCCCCGCAAAAGUCUACUGGAAGUUGCCAGGCGAAGCGGGAAUCCAUUUUACCUUCAGGACUUGGAAGAACGUGGAGCAGAGCAGGGCUUGGAAUGGGAAUACCUCGGGCCGAUUGACGGGACGGGAGCGACUCUGGAGGCCGAUCUGGAGCCAACAACAGACCACGUCCGUGGUGUGAUCUAUCCAGGCGCGAUGAAUGAUUCCUACGGGUAUGCUGGUAUCUAUGGUGGCUUACAGCCGCGACCAGGGCAAGUAGAGAGAUAUGUGUGGCUGUCUCCCGAGACAGUCCGCAAGAUCGAGGAAGAAUCUGACGGAAUUUUUCUGCGGAGCUGA